UUGUGUGGAGCAUGCGCAUCGAGCUAACUAGGAAGCAGAGAAGACUGUCUCCACGGAUUAUGUGGACAUACCGUAGAGCGAAAGCAGUAGCUGAUUGAUUUGGAUACAUGCCGUCUUCUUACAAUGAAAAGCUGACAGCUCGAAACGAAGUUGAGUUAAUACGAUAUAUAUUUAACUGUAUGUAUUAGAGCCUGAGCCAGAAUGAUGUCAGAAUGCGACCUGACAGAGACAGAGACCGGCGAGCCAGUGCUGGACACGGGGGAAACAGCUGUGCCAGUGCUGGAGUCUAACUUUCACUCCAUAGACCCUCCAAAGGUGUUAUUUGACAGGAACCGGAUAGGUCUGACAACUGGGGCGAACCCCGGUGGCGCCAUACGUAUUUCGGACUCUUGUGAAAGCGUGUUAACCGAGCUAGAGACAGAGGGCUCCGGAGAAGAGGCGCUGCUGUUACCGUGCUUAGCAGGAAGCUCGUCGUCUCCGAGAGGUGUAAAAGAAAAGCGGAGCAGGCGGUACAGGCACAGCUCGUCUUCGGAUAAAGAUGCAUUAGCCUCCCCGGGUACCAACAGUGGAGAUUUCAACCAUUUCCCUGAGGACCCCGAGUUUUACGAUAUUAUCCAAAGGGCAGAGCAAGCCAUUGAGAGUGGGGUCUUUCCAGAGAGGAUUUCCCAGGGCUCAAGUGGGAGUUACUUUGUCAAAGACCCAAAAGGGAAAAUCAUUGGUGUUUUUAAACCAAAGUCAGAGGAACCUUAUGGUCAUCUGAAUCCAAAAUGGACCAAAUACUUUCACAAGCUUUGCUGUCCAUGUUGUUUUGGCCGAGGGUGCUUGUUACCUAACCAGGGUUACCUGUCAGAGGCUGCUGCUUCACUGGUUGACACCAAACUCGGUCUUGGUGUGGUGCCAAAAACCAAGGUGGUGUAUUUGGCCAGUGAGACAUUCCACUACAACGCCAUAGACAGAGCAAAGUCCAGGGGGAAGAAGUAUGCCCUAGAGAAAGUCCCCAAAGUGGGGCGACGCUUCCACAGAGUGGGCCUCCCACCCAAGGUGGGCUCAUUUCAGCUGUUUGUGGAGGGUUAUCGUGAAGCCGACUACUGGCUCCGACGCUUUGAGGCAGAACCACUGCCAGAGAAUAUCAGGAAGCAGCUGCAGUCGCAGUUUGAGCGGCUGGUGGUGCUAGACUAUGUUAUCAGAAACACAGAUCGAGGGAAUGACAACUGGUUGAUCAAGUAUGAGACACCAGGAGAGGGAGAAGAACAAAAGGAUGCAGAAUGGACAGAAAACAUUCAGGACUCCUGCAUCAAGAUUGCAGCAAUUGACAACGGCCUGGCCUUCCCCUUUAAACACCCGGAUGAAUGGAGAGCCUAUCCAUUCCACUGGGCGUGGCUUCCUCAGGCCAAGGUACCCUUCUCCCAGGAGACCAGAGACCUUGUGCUGUCACGCCUCUCUGACAUGAACUUUGUUCAGGACCUCUGUGAGGACCUCUAUGAGAUGUUCAAGACAGAUAAAGGCUUUGACAAAACCAUGUUUGAGAGACAGAUGUCUGUCAUGAGAGGACAGGUGUUGAACCUGACCCAGGCGUUGAAGGACGGGAAGAGCCCCCUCCAACUGGUGCAGAUGCCUCGGGUGGUAGUGGAGCGCAGCCGUUCAGGUGGCCAAGGUCGUGUGGUCACUUUGGGGAAUGCGUUUACACAAACCUUCCACUGCAAGCGGCCAUUCUUUUCCUCCUGGUAGUCGGAGAAGGAUGACGAGGGGAGCAGAGGAGAAGCGUCUGCUUUUUAUCCACACAUCGCUCCUGAAGCAAAGAAGGACAAAGUGAGAGAGAAGCUUACACUGGAAACUGUUCAUAUUUGUCCUCGGCAGGAAGGAAAUGAAGAGGGAUACGGUGAUGAUGAAAAAUAAGAUGAGAAAUAUUUUGUGAGGAAAUUGACUUGAGGCCAAUUCCUCAUUUGAGGAGAGUGCAGGGAACCGUGGGAGCUGGAGAGAUUAGCAUACCACCGUCUCCUAGAGAGACCUUGGGGCUGUUUGUGGUUACUAUGGCGACUUGAUUAGAUAAUCUGCUUUUUCACAGAGGUGGGCUUUGUUUAUUGUUAGGAAACUGAAAGGUUUUUUUUUUUUUUUUUUUUUU